AUGGAUCCUGAAGAUGAUUAGGAAAUCAUUGAUUCUAUUGUGAAUGGUAGCAUCCUAUCUUAUUUUUCAGCCCUAGAAAGUGAUGACGAAAGAUCGUUUUCGCCCUCCUAAACCAGAUCUGAUACCAACCGUACCUACUCUCCCCAAAUCAAGAGAGCACAAUAGCCACAGUAAUCGAUAGUCACAUAAAUUAGAUAUUCAAUUAAAAAAAUUUAAAGUCCUAUCAUUGGCUUCAAACUAGAUUGUUGGACAAUACAACCAUUCAGUCUGGAUGAUGACUAGUAUUUGGAUGGGGAUCUAAUUCUCAAAUGCAAGGACUAAACCAAUAGCAGGAAAAUAUAGGGUCUAUUUGAAAAGGGAGAUGACGAACAAAGAGAAUUUAUAUUUUAAAAAUUGUUACCCGGAAUUACCUCGCUUGCCAAUGAUAUCUUCGGAAACUAUGUUGUUCAACGAAUCUUAGAGCAGGGUAGUCAGCAACAAAGGGAGUUGAUAUUUGAACAGCUCUCCUAGUAAAUCCUAGUUUUGUGUUAUAACACAUAUGGAUGUAGAGUGGCUUAGAAAUUGUUGGAGAUCUCUUACAAUACGGAGAAGUUUGAUUAGAUAUUCAAAGUGGUUUCAUCUCAAAUCAGGAAUUUGGUGCUUGAUACUAAUGGGAAUCAUGUGAUUCAGAAAAUUGCUGAGCUGGUUAAAUCUCAGAAAAGUGAGUGGCUGAUUGAUGGGGUGUUGGGGUAGAUUUAAAAACUGUCCAAUGAUUCUCAUGGGUGCAGAUUAAUCCAAUAGAUAUUGGAGUUGUCUUCCAUUUCACAAUUGAAUGAUAUUUAUAGGGAAUUAUUAUCGAUCUAAGAUGAAUUGUGCUUGUCGCAAUAUGGGAAUUAUAUCGUUUAAAUAUUGUUGCAGAGAGGGCCGAGUGAUGUGGUUUAUAAGAUUCAAAAUACUAUUAUUAAGAAUUUGGAGAGGUUGAGUUGUGAUAAAUUUGGGAGCAAUGUGGUUGAUAAGAGUGUAAAUAUUUCAGUUUAUAUGAGGAAGGAAAUCUUAAAAGUAUUCAUUCAUAAUAUGAAUGUCUUUUAUAAAUUAUCUAAUAAUUGUUAUGGUAAUUAUGUAAUUUAGAAUUUCUGUAAAUAACUUGAAUAUAAUUAAUUAAUAAAAUUAUCAUAUGAUUCAAGUUAAUUUAAUACUCAAUUUGGUUAACAUGUAUAUUAAACCUUAUAAAAAUUGAAAAAUUGA